UUUUGAAUUUUUUUUUUUUUCAGGGACGCUGAGUAUUCUUAACUUUUGUUUGGAAUAUUUUUGCUCUGAAACUUUAAAAAAGGGGGUCUUUUCACCCUGUCGGUAAAUGGGAUGUUUGUUGACCAUUAAAAUUGAUCUUUGACCAAUAGAAAUGAGAGGUGAAAUUUGUAAAAUCCACACGUGGAGUCUGAGUGAUGAGAUGGGAUACAUAUUUUAGUUCCUUUCUUCAAUUCUAUUUCACUUCUUUAACCAACCCCCAAUGAUUGCAGCUGGAAAUGCAUCAAAGUGAAGAUUCACAAGUUGUCGACGGUGUGCGAAAUGUUAAUCGAGUGAAGGCAUGGCUGAGUCAACAUAUCUAUGAUGAUUAGAGCUCAAUAAAGGCUUGCAACUUGAGGCAGCGAUGAGAGGUGCAUUAUGAAGGUGUGAGGAGGUAUUGUCAUUAUGGUUUCGUGGCUCUGUGAUGGACUUCAUAAAGCAAGGAAAAUCUAGGGAGAAGGUUUUAUGGCUAUCAUAAUUAUCAUCAGACUUAGGUUGAGAUUUUGAAACAAAACUUAAUUCUUUGGUUUUGUUUUCAUCUUGAGAAUGUCAACCUUAUUCAUAGACGGGACCUAAUGUUGGAAGCAUUCUAGUGGCAUGUCAUACUCAAUUUUAUAUAUAGUGCACCCGCUUAUAUGUUCGAAACUCUCGCCGAGUCCCUCCAACAUGACACAGUGCUAUGCUCUAUGUCACACUAUUCUAUCGUUUAUUUCAAAGAUAGGGAAAAAGAAAAUCUGACAGUCUGAUUUGAAGGCAUGGUGGAGCAAUAAGACGUGUCCUCGGCUAAACAACAUUCCACCACAAAAGACAUAAAUUUCACCUAAGCCGGCCGCGAAAUGUCUUGCUUGCAGCUGGGUGAAACCUAUAUCGAUGAUCACUAUGCAUCCUCCCCCAUCUUAAAACCAUCUUUAAACCCCACGUCCCCAUAUUCUCCAUAUUCGAUAUGCAAGUGUGAUUGCCAUCUCUCUCUCUACAUGGCUAGCUAACAGUACGUACACACACACGCGCGCGCGCGCAUAUAUGGAGCGAAGGUUAAACACAGAAAGUAAGGGAGGAUCAGUGACGCUCCAAAAGAAGUUGGCGGAGAUGCGGCGGAGAGCACAACCGGUGCCGGAACUCAGCGACUUCAUGGAAGAUAUGUUUUUUGGGACUGCUGACAUGGAAAAGAAGAGCUAUAACCUGACGGGUGGUGUGCUGUCGGCAAACGACGACGAUGUGGGGUUUGACGACAGCACGAGAAGUAACAGCAGCAGGAUGACGGAGGAGUGGCUGGAAGAGGCUCGGCGCGUAGUGGCGGCGUCUCCUACGCGCUGCGAGUCGCCUGGUCGCCUGGUUGGAUCCCCCAGGUUUGCGGCCACCGCACAGGGAACGUCACCGGCUGCAUUUCCGUUGUUAGAUCGAAGAGACCCUCUUUCGAGGUCCGCCAGAAGGAACAGGGCUGGGGAAGGGUUCGGUGGGGAGAUCCUCUCGAGAACAGCGAAACACAGCCGCAACAACUCCGAUUCAUCAUUCAAUAUCAAGCCCUUGUAUGGGGAUGAUGGAUCCCCUGCUACGGCGGUCCACAGGUGGUUCUCCAACAUCCUCAAGCCCUCCAAUAUCGCGCUCUCUUCCGACCCCACUCCCGCACCUGAUCCCACCCGAUCCUCCUCCCCUCUCCCGCCUCCUCGUUCCUUGCACCGCAAGUCCCGAUUCCAGACCGAUCCAUCUGUUCCUCCUCCACAGGGCAACCAGGUCUUUCCCCGUCGGACCUUCGGGACUUCUGCGCCUUCGCCGGAGCCUCCUACACUCUCGUCGCCCAAAAAUGUCGACGAACCUGCCAUCGCCGAAACUUUCUCCUCGCCGAACUCUGUGCCUCUUUCUCCGCCCAGAAAUCCUGUCCAGUCGGCUCACCGGAGAAUGUUGUUUUCGUCUACCUGUUCGCUGGACAAAAUUGCGCCCCAGACUGAUGCUAGUGGACGGUCCAAGCGGGGAGAGGGAUCCCUAGAUCAUUCCCUUAAUCGGUUUCUUGAAGAGCAGAGAAUUUUAAUCCAGAAAUUAAUGAACAUGGAGCUCAAUGCAAAGGCCAAGGUUGUGCUCUCUGGGCCUUCUAACAGUAUAACAUCAAUGGUAGCGGCCAUAUGUUAUGCGUGGCUGUUGUGGUAUAGGCAAAGGGAGAAAGAUGAUGGAGGGGACAAUGUGGUAGUUCCUGUCAUGAAUGUGAGGCGAAGUUCUAUGUGGAAGCUAAGGCAGGCUGCUUGGCUCUUUUUCCAUGCUGGCCUUGACGCUACCUCAUUGAUUUUCGCUAACGAGGUGGACUUGGAAGACCUUAUGAUGUCUGGUCAUCUGAACAUCCUUGUGGUUGGUCAAGAUAUCCUAAUUGCUACUGGCGAGGUUGGAUCUCAGUGUACCAUUCUUACUGAUAAUUAUUGUGAAGACGCCUACAAUCUACUUCAAGACCCUGUGCUGCAGGAACUUCUGCUUUCUGGUAUCCUGCUAGACACUCAAAAUCUGAAGGCAUCAGCUUCAUCAUCUAUGACGAGAGAUUCAGAGGCAGUUCAGUUGCUGUUGGUUGGCUCAGCUCCAAACUACAGAUUUACUUUAUUUGAUCAAUUGAUGCAAGACCAAAAGGCUACUUCUUUUAUUGAAGCAUUACACCAGAACUAUGGGAAGCCUUAUGACGGAAGUGAUCAAGAUUUUGAAGGAAAAACAGAGCAAAGAGUUCGAGAGAGGAAGUCAACCUCUCUGUCCGAUCAUGAUGUGGUACCUAGUCCAGAAAAGAAUUCUACUGAUAAAAGGGGUUCUAAAACUAACAAUGUUUCUCCACAACCAGCAAAACUUAUUUCACCACCUGAGGAAUCACCUGCCCCUGCACGAGCACGCACAGAGAAAGAAGCUUCUCGUGGAAAGAGCAAGUUCUUCCUGGCAAGAUGGUUUGGUUUUGGUUCAAAAUGAGGAAAGUUCCUCCUUCAUUUUGCGUAUGUCAACUCAAAAGUUUUCACAUUAGAACAGUAAUCAAGUUAGAAGCGGAGAUAUUGUGGCCAAAAACAAGAAGCGGAGAUAUCAAUUUUUAAUUGGAUGCUUGGUAUUUGGACACUACUAGGCCAGCAGUGUACAUGUCAGUGUAAAAGUUUCUUUCUUUCUUUAUUCUUCCCCUCCCCCCCACAAAACAGAUUAUUUAUCACUUUCAUGAUUAUCAAUAAUAAUGUCAUUUACUUCGGAUUCUUUGAA